GACGUACACAUUCUAUACUUUCUCUCAUAAAUUUGAUACGGCAAAAACUUUAUAUUGUCAAACUGAAGAGAACGAGUGUCAACAACGGAUGUCGCUCUAAUAGUAAUUCUGUAUAUAUACAUAAGGACAAUGUGUACAUUCGCAAAGGAGAUUAGUUGGUCCUACAUUUGGGAUGCGAUGGGAGACCUAAGCGCUGUGCCGCAGGAGAAGAUCGUAGAUUAUCUCCUGGAGCGUUUGGAACGCGGUCAUAUUUACACGUGGGUUGGCACUCUCCUUUUGGCGAUCAAUCCCAGCGGCGAGAUCACCACUAAGGACAUUUACGAUCUCUCGCAAGUUCACGAGUAUGACAAUAUAUGCAAUGUGAGCUGUAAGGAAGUGUCGCCUCACAUAUUCGCCGUGGCUGCCCGGGCGCAUUACAGGAUAGUUCAGGGUCUCGGAAAACCUAGCCAGGUGAUAGUCUUAAAUGGAGAAACCGGAACAGGAAAGACCUUCAAUGCAUGGAAGGCGCUGGAAUUCCUGACCAGAAACGCAUCUCCUGAAGCCCUCGAGACGCAAGAUGUAGUUUGUGGUAUCGUGCGGAAGAUUUCGGUCGCCUGCCGUUUGAUAUCGGCUUUCACAACUGCGCCCACUGAAAUAAAUGAAGUCAGCUCGAGGCAUGUGCAACUCGUAUGGCUCGAGUACAAAAUGGGUAGCAUAUGCGGAGCAACGAUAUCCUCCUACCUCCUGGAAAGGGACAGAGUCACGAAGGGCUGCUGUAAUUUUCAGAUUUUUAGUCAGAUGAUGAGCGCGAUAGGAAAUGUAACAUUCGCGGACUUCAAAUUGUCGAUGGAUAUGCGAUACUUCAUGAUGAACGACUUGGAUUCUCCGAAAGUGCGAGAGUUCUGCGACGAUUUCCAUGAGACUACAAGAGCGAUGGAUAUGUUAGGGUUUACAGUAAGUCAGAAGAAGGACGUUUUCUUCAUUCUCUCUCUACUCAUUCACAUGGGUAACAUACAGUUUGUGGAGGAGGACGAUCGUUGCAAGAUCGAUACCAAUGAUCAACAAUCUAGAGAAGCCUUGAAGAAUACAUGCAGGCUGGCCUGCAUCAAAGAAGAGGACAUCGCCGAAUUGCUCACGUCUACUUUAAUAAACCCUCAAAAUACCCGGCGUCGACACACUAUCUGCCGACGUAAUCUCAACACGACAAAUGCCUGUCGCUACCGAUUGCACAGCAUCAUCCGCCACUUGUACGAUCUUCUUUUCAGCUGGCUGAUCAACUUCGUAAACAAAAUCUUGUCCGCCCGUUUGUACAGCGAACGAUUGGGAAUAUUGGAUAUCUUCGGAUUCGAAUGCUUUGAUUCGAACGGCAUCGAGCAACUUUGCAUUAAUUUUGUCAACGAGAGAUUGCAGCAAUAUUUUGUGAAAAACUAUCUGGUGUCCUGCCGGAACGAUCUACAAAAAGAGGGUCUCAUCGACGAUGAGGAAUCGUUCAAAAUUGUACAAUUGUACGAAGAUCGCAUAAGCACGAUCGAAAAAUAUUUGUUUACUGUCAUAAACGAUAUGUGUCUAUCGACGGUUCCGAACAGCUCGUCUACAUUAAUACGCCAAGUGAACGCUAAGAACUGUCCUGCAACGAGACGAUUUUUGAACAUAAGGAAAGAAAAUUUUGUUAUACAGCAUUACUGUGGUACUGUACAAUAUUCUGCUUACGAUCUGCUUUCCAAGAAUACUGAUAAGAUUCCGGACGAGAUAACGAUAACAUUCAGCAUGAGUACGAACAAAUUUCUACAUUCGUUAAUUACCAAAAAUAGUCAACAUCAAGUUAAUGGAAAAGUGAAGAAGCCUACGAUGCUUUCUAAGCUCCGAUAUAACGUGGACUUGUUGCUACAAGAGUUAAACAAAUGUGACACGCAUUACAUUCGCUGCAUUAAGCCACAGCGACUCAACAGCCACGAGUGGGAUCGAGACAAUCUUCGCAAGCAAUUGGCUAAUACGGGUAUCCUUGAAGCGUUACCACUGGCCAGAUGUAAAUAUCCGAUUUAUUUCAUCUACUGGGAUUUCUUCAAACGCUACAGUAGAAAACGCACAGCAAACUGCAGUAAUUUACGUACAGCUUGCAAAAACAUACUGGAGUCGUCCUCCCUGAACGACGAUAAUUCAUUGGUGCAUUACGGGAAACGUUUAAUCUUUUUAAGAGAAUCUGUAUUUCUGCAAUUAGAGGCAGCUAGGAGGCGAUACCGCGCCGAAUGUGUCUGGAAGAUCGAAUCUUUUUGGUUGAAAUAUAAGAAUUAUACGCAAUAUAUGGAAGAGAACAUAACUGAUGAUCGGGAAAUUGUUAGCACCAAUAGCCAAAAUAAAUUAAUUAAGAAAGAAGAGAACAUAACUGAUGAUCGGGAAAUUGUUAGCACCAAUAUAAUCCAAAAUAAAUUAAUUAAGAAAUCUCAAUCGGAACUUAAGACCGUCACGUAUGUACCAAGAAUGAAUUGCUGUAAACAGCACAAAUCGCAAGAUAUAAAAGAAACUUCGGAAAAUAUGGAAAAUGAUAUUCAAGCGAUCGUUAAAAAAAAUUUCCGCGAGCAAUCUCAAUUUGAGAGAUCCCUGUUAGAAUACGAACGUAUUAUACCAAUACAAGAUUGUCCACGUUUCAUGUCUGGAAAAUAUAUAGAGAUACUAACAACAGUAGCAAAAAAAACUGCAUAUAUAUUGCAUUGGCUGGAUGGUGUAAAUAAAGCAAAAGAUACAAAAAAAAAUAAACCAUCGAUAUUAGAACAGCUGCGAGAAGAUUACAAUAACGAUCAAUCAGACAGUAGCAAUUGCUGCGAGGAUAUUCAAUUACAAAACCAUAAACCUUUAGAUGAUAAGUUUCAUGUACAAAAUAAACGUGAAGAGAAUCAUGGAUAUUAUAACGAGAAGGAAGAUUUGUAUAUUAUACAAUGUGGUGCUUUUACGCUAUUUUAUAAAAAUGGAAUUUUGAGUCGACGACGUCCAGCAAGGCUACCAGUUAGAGUACAUACUCGUCUCAGAUGUCUACCCAACUCACAUUAUUUGGUACAUACGGAAUUACCACAGGGUCUACAGGAUUGUCUUUAAAAAGAAUAAUUGUACAAAUAUAAUUCUUAAUAUUUAGGAGA